AUGGUGAAUAUUCCAAAAUUGAGAAAUACUUUUUGUAAGGGAUCAGACUGCAGGAAGCAUACACCUCAUAAGGUUUCUCAGUAUAAGAGAGGGAAGGAAUCUGUUAAAUCUCAGGGCCGUCGCCGUUAUGACCAGAAACAGAAGGGUUAUGGUGGUCAAACAAAACCAAAGUUAAGGAAGACAGCCAAGACUACUAAGAAGAUCGUACUAAGACUAGAAUGUACAAAGUGUAAGCAAAGACGUUUCCUUGCAAUUAAAAGAUGUAAGCAUUUUCAGCUAGGUGGUGAUAGGAAAAGAAAGGGUGGUCCUGUCUACUAA